AUGGUCGAGUUUGCGCUCCGCCACGCCCAAGCGGUGCUCCCACCCCGCCCCAGAGCGGCCUUCUGUGCCGCCUUGGCCUACUGCGCCCUGUGGGUGCCACGGGCCAAAAUGCUUGCAAGGCUAAAACAGAUGUGGUUUGUUUUUUGCGUGGCUCUGACCUUCUACUCGCAGUGUUUGAGUGCUGCCCCACUGGGAGGAGACGAUCUUGUCUCCCUCCUCGUUUGCAGAGCUUGUGAUGAGGCUUUUCCAAGAUCGACAUGUUUGGACUCCCAAGAAAUUCAAAACACCUGUCUUCAAAACAUCCUCGAGGAGGAGGAAUUGUUAUCACGUAAGUUCAGCCUUGCCUUGGGGCACCUUCAAUGCCGGAUUGAUAAUUAA